GACUGGCGAACUACCCCCAAAGAAACAUGUCAAAUUAGGGCGACAUUUUUUCACUUAGACAAACAGUUACUGAGUAUUUGGGAAGGAUAGAGGCCGGAGAAGUCAGAAGCCAUGGCGUCCAUCGAGAGGGACGACGAUGCCUCUGGAGACUUGGAAAUGGACGAUGCGGCAGGCGACUCGGCGGGUGAAGAGCUAAUAUACGACCCUCCUCCCACAAGCUUUCUGCCGCCCGACUCCCCUGUGUACACCCCAUCAGUGGAACAGGGGGACGGUGAAAGUGGAGUGGCCCAAGAAACCUAUGUUCAAGAGAAGCGUGGAAAGAAAAGAAAAAUAAAAGAUGGCAGCGAGAAGAAGAAAAAAUCAAAGAAGAAAAAGAAAAGCAAAUCUGAGAGUGCACAUUUUGCUGAUGGCGACUAUGCUGAGGCUGAUCCUCCAGAACAAGAAGAGUCUGCACCCAAUGACACAACGGCGGAGGGCGAGGAGCUAGGACAGGCCGAAGAGGCAAAUACGUCUGCGGAGCCGGAGCCUGUCGCACCAAGCCCGACUAAGAAGAAGAAGACUAAAGCUGAGAGGAUGAGGGAGCAACAGAGAACAUCAGAGGAGGUUUGUCGUGAGCUCGGGUUGAACGAUGUGGACUUAAUUUACGAUGAAGAGGACUACGUGAAUUUGACAAAUUACAAAGUCUAUUGCCAACACAUACGCCCUCUGGUGGUGGCUGAAAAUCCCAAAGUCCCAAUGCCAAAAAUUGUGAUGUUAAUGGGGGCCAAGUGGAGGGAGUUCUCUGCAACACUUCCAUCAAAGUCCUCCAAGCUAGAUGAGUCCGAAUCAGCCGUCACUCCAGACUUGGAGCAACAGAGAACAUCAGAGGAAGUUUGUCGUGAGCUCGGGUUGAACGAUGUGGACUUAAUCUACGAUGAAGAGGACUACGUGAAUUUGACAAAUUACAAAGUCUAUUGCCAACACAUACGCCCUCUGGUGGUGGCUGAAAAUCCCAAAGUCCCAAUGCCAAAAAUUGUGAUGUUAAUGGGAGCCAAGUGGAGGGAGUUCUCUGCCACUCUUCCAUCAAAGUCCUCCAAACUAGAUGAUUCUGAAUCUACGAAGGACAUGUCAAUAACGGAAGCUGCAGUAGAAGUGGAUCCUGAACCUGUGGAUGACCCGAGUGAAGAUUUCAUCCCAGAAGAAGAAGAAUCGGAUAAGAACACUCCAUCUGGAAAGAAGAAGUCCAAAAGCAAGAAAUCUGUGGCUCCUCUGAAAAUCAAAAUAACUAAGAAGAAAAAGAAGAAGAAAAACAGCUCUGAUGAGGAUGAAAAUGCCUACAACACGAGUGAUGAGGAAUUUGAGAGGCAACUGGAGGAGGCUGCUGUUCUAAAUGAAUCCAAGGCUGAGGUGAAGAAACCCAAAACGAAGAGAACGGGACAGAAGAAGAAAAAGAAAACCAAGACAACAAACAAAUAUCCUGAUGACCCGGACGCUGAAGGAUAUGAGACUGAUCAUCAGGACUACUGUGAAGUCUGUCAGCAGGGAGGGGAGAUAAUCCUGUGUGAUACAUGCACCAGGGCCUACCACUUGGUGUGUCUGGACCCAGAGCUUGAGGAGGCUCCAGAGGGCAAGUGGAGCUGCCCACACUGUGAAGGGGAGGGAAUUCACGAGCAGGAGGAGGACGAACACAUGGAGUUUUGUCGUGUGUGCAAAGAUGGUGGUGAGCUGUUGUGUUGUGAUACAUGCCCGUCAGCGUACCACACCCACUGUCUGAACCCACCCAUGACCAUCAUUCCAGACGGAGACUGGAGCUGCCCCCGCUGUUCAUGUGAACAGCUGAAGGGUAAGGUGUCAAAAAUCCUGACUUGGCGCUGGACAGAGCCUCCCAAACAGGAGGAUGAACUUGAUCACACGCACAGUCCCACCAAGAAAACAUUUGACCACAAGCCAACCCGAGAGUUCUUUAUCAAAUGGCUGGACAUGUCUUACUGGCACUGUAGCUGGAUAUCUGAAUUGCAGCUGGAUGUGUAUCACCCAGCAAUGUACAGGAACUACAUUCGUAAAAAUGACAUGGACGAACCCCCGCCAUUAGAGGAUGGCAGUAGCUAUGGUGGGAAGGACAAGGGGCGUGGCUACAAAAGUGAGGACACAUCUCAGAACCUAGAGGAGCGCUUCUAUCGUUAUGGAGUGAGGCCAGAGUGGCUAGAAAUCCACAGAAUUAUCAACCACAGAUGUACACGUGCUGGUGUGACAUGGUACCUGGUUAAAUGGCGUGACCUUCCUUACGAUCAGGCCACCUGGGAAAAUGAGGACUCCGAGCUGGUCUCCCUGAAAAAAUCCAUCGAGCAGUAUGAGAGUCUCAGACAACUUAUGUAUGGGUCAUCGGACACAAGUUCCAAGAAAUCCUCGAAGAAAUCAAAGAAAAAGAGCAAAGAGAAGAAAGGAGAGAAGGAAGAGAGUUACAAGGGGCCACCACUUGUCCCCACAGCUGAUUUGCGUAAGAAGAUGGACAAGCAGCCUGAGUACAUUGACGAGACAGGGGGCACCUUGCACCCCUACCAACUAGAAGGUCUAAACUGGCUGAGGUACUCCUGGUCUAAUGGUACAGACACUAUCCUGGCUGAUGAGAUGGGACUGGGCAAAACUAUUCAGACCAUUACGUUCCUCUACUCACUCUAUAAGGAGGGUCAUUGCCGUGGCCCCUUCUUAGUCAGUGCCCCUCUAUCCACGAUCAUCAACUGGGAAAGAGAGUUUGAGUUCUGGGCACCAGAGCUGUAUGUGGUCACCUAUGUGGGUGAUAAAGACAGCAGGACUGUUAUCAGAGAGCAUGAGUUUUCUUUUGAAGAAGGUGCUAUCAGAGGUGGCAGUAAGGCCUGCCGAAUGAAGCAAGGCUGCUCUGUGAAGUUUCAUGUUUUGUUGACAUCAUAUGAGUUGAUCAGUAUUGACCAUGCUUGUCUUGGCUCAGUUGAUUGGGCGGUUCUUGUAGUAGAUGAGGCUCAUCGUCUCAAAAACAACCAAUCAAAGUUUUUCCGAAUUUUGAGUUCUUACAAGAUUGGUUACAAGCUUCUGUUGACUGGAACUCCUCUGCAAAAUAACCUGGAAGAAUUAUUCCAUUUACUUAAUUUCUUGGCUCCUGACAACUUCAAUGAUCUCCAAGGCUUCCUGGACGAGUUUGCGGACUUGUCUAAAGAAGAGCAGGUGAAGAUGCUACAUGACUUGCUGGGGCCUCACUUGCUACGUCGUCUCAAGGCUGACGUCUUACAGGGCAUCCCAUCCAAGAGCGAGUUCAUUGUCAGAGUUGAGCUCAGUCCCAUGCAGAAGAAAUAUUACAAGUAUAUUCUGACUCGAAAUUUCGAGGCUCUGAAUUCAACUAAAGGUGGCCACCAGAUGUCUCUGCUGAACAUCAUGAUGGACCUGAAAAAGUGCUGCAAUCACCCGUAUCUCUUCCCCUCAGCUGCCAAUGAAGCCCCAAAGCUACCAAACGGAGCAUAUGAAGGUACAGCUUUGGUGAAGAACUGUGGUAAACUGGACCUGCUGUCCAAAAUGUUGAAGCAGUUAAAGGAGUCCGGUCACAGAGUGCUGAUCUUCUCACAGAUGACAAAGAUGUUGGAUAUCCUGGAGGACUUCCUGGAGUAUGAAGGCUACAAGUAUGAGAGGAUAGACGGUGGUAUCACCGGAUCAAUGAGGCAGGAUGCUAUUGACAGGUUUAACGCUCCCAAUGCCCCUCAGUUUUGUUUCCUGUUGUCUACGCGGGCUGGAGGUCUUGGGAUCAACUUAGCUACUGCCGAUACAGUCGUUAUCUACGACUCAGACUGGAACCCUCACAACGAUAUUCAGGCGUUCAGCCGUGCUCACCGUAUUGGCCAGGCCAACAAGGUGAUGAUUUACCGCUACGUGACGCGAGCCUCCGUGGAGGAGAGGAUUACACAGGUGGCUAAGAAGAAGAUGAUGUUGACUCACCUGGUUGUAAGGCCAGGGUUAGGCAGUAAGAGUGCCAACAUGUCCAAACAGGAAUUGGAUGACAUCCUCAAGUUUGGUACAGAAGAGCUCUUCAAAGAUGAAGAGGCCGAAAAUGCAGAGAAUGCUGAGAACCAAGAAAAUCGUAUUGUGUAUGAUGACGAGGCAGUGUCCAAAUUACUGGACCGAAGUCAGAUCGGACACGAGGAGAAAGAGAUGGCCAUGAAUGAGUACCUGAGCUCAUUCAAAGUGGCCAGCUACCAGAUCAAAGAAGGGGAAGAGGAGGAGCCCGAGACAGAAAUCCUGAAACAAGAGGCUGAGCAUGCGGACCCAGCCUACUGGGAGAAACUGCUGCGUCAUCACUACGAGCAGCAGCAAGAGGACCUGGCCAGGACUCUGGGUAAAGGAAAGCGUGUCCGCAAACAGGUCAAUUACAACGAUGCUAUGAGCGGGCAGGAUGCUGAGGCCUGGAAGGAGACUAUGUCAGAAUUUGACUCGGACUAUAGUGAUUAUGAAGAUGAUGACGAUGAUUUUGAGGACAAACAGGAAGGCCGCAAGCGCAGAUCUGGAUUAAGUGAGAGGGAUCGACCUUUGCCCCCGCUGUUGGCAAGAGUCAACGGACAAAUUGAGGUGCUGGGUUUUAAUGCGCGACAAAGAAAGGCUUUCCUCAAUGCAGUCAUGAGAUAUGGUAUGCCCCCUCAGGAUGCGUUCAACUCUCAGUGUGUUUCAUUCCCCAGGUUGGUGCGAGAUCUCCGAGGAAAAUCGGAGAAAGUCUUCAAGGCUUAUGUGUCAUUGUUUAUGCGACACUUGUGCGAGCCAGGGGCAGAUAAUGCAGAGACGUUCGCUGAUGGUGUUCCCCGUGAAGGGCUCUCCAGACAACAUGUUCUCACCAGGAUAGGAAUUAUGUCCCUUGUCCGCAAGAAGGUACAAGAAUUUGAAGCCAUUAAUGGAUCCCACAGUAUGCCAUACUUGAAUGUAGAUGAAGCCAUGGAGAGACUGAAGAAAAUGAAAGAAGGAAACGUGGCAGCUCUUACAAGUGCUAAGGAGGAGAAAUUAAAGGAAAAAGAAGCCGAGGCUACCAAGGUGAAAACUGAGGUCAAGGAUGAAAAGGGCAAUGCAGAGGAAGACAAAUCUGGGGAUUCUAAACAGGUAAAAGAAGCUAGUGAAGAUAAGGAAACGAGUGAGAAGAAGGUGAAGAGUGAAGAAGGUGAAGAGAAGGAAGAAACAGUUAUGGUGAAGGAUGACGGUCAGGCAGGUGAAGAAAAAAUGGAGACGGAGCAGAGUGCUGCUGAGGGUGGAGAAAAGACAGGGGACACAGUGAAGGAAAAUGGUAUCAAGGAAGAAGAGAAAAUCAAAGAAGAUGAAAAAGAGAAAGCUGAGGACAAAGAAAGUGCAAGUGAGGAAAAGGCUGCUGAAAAAGAAAAUGAUGAAAAGGCUGAAAGUGAAGAGGUCAAAGAGAAGCCUGAAGCCAUGGAAACAGAAGAGUCCAAGGAGUCUGAAAAGGGGGAGAAGGAUGAGGCAGAAAGUGAGAAGAAAGAAGCCACAGAAGAAAAGAAGAAUGGGGAAGAUGAAGUUGCCAUGGAAACUGAUGCAGAAAAGAAGGCGGAAAAAACAGGGGAUGAAGAAAUGAAAGCAGAGCCUAAAGAUGAGGUCGCAGCGACAGCAGCUGUGACAGAGGGUACUCCAGAAGACAAAGCAGAAGCCAAGGAGAAAAAAGAGGACACUGGGAAGGGAGAGGAGCCUGAGAAAGGAGAGGAAGCUGACAAAACAGCACAGGAGAAAACCGAGGAUAAAGAAAAGGAUGAAAAGGAGAAAAAUGGUGAUGACAAGACAGAGAAGACAGAAAAGGCUGAGAAGACGUCGUCAGAGUCAGAUGAGCCCAAGAAGAAGGAAGAAGGCAAGCCUGAGGACUCCAAACAGAAGUUUAUGUUUAACAUCGCAGACGGUGGAUUCACAGAGCUUCACACCCUGUGGAGGAAUGAAGAGAGGGCACUGGUAUCUGGUCGUGAACACGAAGUCUGGCACCGUCGUCAUGACUACUGGCUCCUGGCUGGAAUUGUCACUCAUGGCUAUGGCAGAUGGCAGGAUAUCCAGAAUGAUCAUCGGUUCCAGGUCAUUAAUGAACCAUUCCAAAGUGAACAAGGCAAAGGAAAUUUCCUGGAAAUCAAGAACAAAUUCCUGGCGAGGAGAUUCAAGUUACUGGAGCAAGCCUUGGUGAUUGAGGAACAGCUGAGGAGAGCAGCCUACCUGAACCUGACCCAGGACCCCACCCACCCUGCUAUGGCUCUAAACGCCAGGUUUGCUGAGCUGGAGUGUCUGGCAGAAAGCCACCAGCACCUGUCCAAGGAGUCUCUGGCAGGGAAUAAGCCUGCCAAUGCUGUGCUUCAUAAAGUGUUGAACCAGCUGGAGGAGUUGUUAAGUGACAUGAAGCAGGAUGUGAGUCGGCUGCCGGCCACCCUAGCCAGGAUCCCACCUGUCACGCAGAGACUACAGAUGGCUGAACGCAGCAUCCUGAAUCGUCUGGUAAAUCCUGGUCAGGCCACGACACCAACAGGAACCAACACGCCUCCAGCCCUCCAACAACAACAACAGGGUGGAGCAUCGGUGAUGUCAUCAGCAGCUAAUCAGGGGUCCUAUGCUGCCAACGUUCCCAGCUUCAGAGGUCCCCCACACUUUGCACCAAACGUCACAAUGGCUCAGCCUCCGAUCCCAGGGAUGCCCAGCCGAUUGCCAUCCACUAAUUCUCCACAGCCAGGUGUCAGUCAUAAGUCAGUCCCACCCACAUCAGGACUAGUUUUGAGGAAUGUUAUUCCAGUGAGGAUGGCUACACAUCCUGUGAUAAUUCCCACGACGUCUCAUAGUGUGGCAACAUUUCCUGUGACAACGCAUCCUGUGGCAACCAUUCCAGUGCCAGUGCGUCCUACGACUGCCAAUCCCAUCCCAAGCAAACCUGUAACUUUGAAAACAAUAGGUCAUGAUAAGUUUAUCAUAAUUGAUUCCCCAUGAUACGACAAAAAAACAUCACUGUGGAGGUCAUUAGAUGUCCGAAAAAUCAACGAGGCACAAGAUCCCACGGCUGCCACCAAAUUGAUACAUACUUGCGUAUUAAAAAAUACACCAUGUUCUGUCAAGGGCUGAUAUGUUUGUGUGAAAUGUUUAUGUAAAUAUUUUGUAGUGACAGAUGCAGUGUUCUUGGCGCUUCCGUAACUGGUGCUGUUUUGUCUAGCAUUCGCUAAAACUUUUUACAUUUUGUCUAUGACAAGGCCAGGGGCCACUUUCACAAAGCGGCAUACGACAUUUUUUAUCGUACAUUUGUUGAACCAUGUUUUGUACGUUAAUAUUAAUGCAUCAUUGUCCUGUAUGUACAAUAUUGUGCAAGUACGACAUCUUUGUGAAGGUGGCCACUGAAUUUCGGUAUACGACUCCAUCAUCUUGCUGGACUUGCACAGAAAACAUUCUUAAGCUGCUCACUUUUAAUCACCGACACUUGUGUUCUCUCUAGUUUUCAGUACAUUGUAUAUGUAAGUAUUACAAAUUCGUUUUUGGGACAGACUUUUCAAGAAUCGCAUUAAUACCUGAAUAGUGACAAGAUGGUGACAAUUGGUAAUUGAUGUAGACAGGAGCUCUGCGCACAACAGAACAUGCUGUUUGUUGACAAGUUAUUAUCAUAAAGACUUAAUUUACUGUUUACUGGUUAUUGUUACACGUGAUAGUCAAAUUUUAUGAAUCACUGUUUUUGAAGUGUUUAUUUCUGAGUAUCUUUAUGGAUAUUAAAUGUAUACUGUUGUGAACUGUUCAUGUGGUUUACUAUGGCAUAUACUUUUUCAAGCCUGAAAUGUAUUAGGAGUUCCAUUUCAAUGGAAAUUUUUGUGUGUGCUUUCUAGCUCAUGUGACUGUAGGAGCCCUGUAUAUUGCUCCACAUAAAUGUGCCAUUAUUUCUUGAAUGUUUUUGUAAUUCAUCUAAAAGUCAAAAUUAUGACUAACAGAUUGGCAAGGUUCAGAUAGACG